AAAAAAUAAAAAAUCAGUGGACUUUGAUGAGCUUCGCUUCAAUGGCCGAGUCAACGCGAAAUGCUUCGCUUCAGUGGCGGAAACUACCACCGAUCAUAGCUUUACUCUUGAUUCUCCCGAUCGUCUCGGGAAGUUACUUCAAACCGUUCAAUGUGAGCUACGACCACAGGGCUCUAAUCGUCGCCGGGAAACGGCGCAUGUUAGUCUCCGCCGGAGUUCACUACCCUCGCGCCACUCCUCAAAUGUGGCCUGACCUCAUCGCGAAGAGCAAAGAAGGUGGUGCUGACGUGGUUCAGACUUAUGUGUUUUGGAGUGGGCAUGAGCCUGUUAAGGGUCAGUAUAACUUUGAAGGAAGAUACGACCUUGUCAAAUUUGUGAAGCUUGUUGGAUCGAGUGGUCUCUAUCUCCAUCUUCGCAUUGGUCCUUACGUUUGUGCUGAGUGGAACUUUGGAGGGUUCCCAGUGUGGUUGCGUGAUGUCCCUGGCAUAGAGUUUCGAACAGACAAUGAGCCUUUUAAGAAGGAGAUGCAGAAGUUUGUAACGAAGAUUGUGGGUCUGAUGCGGGAAGCAAAGAUGUUCUGUUGGCAAGGCGGUCCUGUAAUCAUGCUGCAGAUUGAGAAUGAAUAUGGGGAUGUUGAGAAAUCGUAUGGGCAGAAGGGAAAGGAUUACGUCAAAUGGGCUGCUAGUAUGGCUCUAGGGCUUGGUGCUGGAGUUCCUUGGGUUAUGUGCAAGCAAACAGACGCUCCAGAGAAUAUUCUUGAUGCAUGCAAUGGAUACUAUUGUGAUGGUUUUAAACCAAAUUCGAAGACCAAGCCAGUACUUUGGACAGAGGAUUGGGAUGGAUGGUACACGAAGUGGGGUGGAAGUUUGCCUCACAGACCUGCUGAAGAUCUUGCAUUUGCAGUCGCAAGAUUUUAUCAACGCGGAGGAAGCUUUCAAAAUUAUUACAUGUAUUUUGGUGGAACAAACUUUGGUCGAACUUCUGGUGGUCCUUUCUACAUUACCAGCUACGAUUAUGAUGCUCCUCUUGAUGAAUAUGGUCUGAGGAGCGAGCCAAAGUGGGGGCAUCUAAAGGAUCUUCAUGCUGCCAUAAAACUUUGUGAACCUGCCCUUGUUGCAGCAGAUGCACCUCAGUAUAAAAAACUGGGAUCAAAUCAGGAGGCACACAUAUAUCAUGGAGAUGGUGAGACUGGAGGAAAGGUGUGCGCUGCAUUUCUCGCAAACAUUGAUGAGCAUAAAUCUGCAUAUGUGAAAUUUAAUGGCCAAUCAUAUACUUUACCACCUUGGUCAGUUAGUAUAUUGCCAGACUGUCGACAUGUGGCUUACAACACUGCCAAGGUAGGAGCACAGACUUCUGUUAAAACGGUUGAACCUGCUAGGCCUCCUUUAGGUAGUAUGUCUAUACUGCAAAAAGUCGUGAGUCAGGAUAGUGCUUCUUACAUUUCGAAAUCAUGGAUGGCUCUGAAAGAGCCAAUUGGCAUAUGGGGUGAAAACAAUUUCACUGCCCAAGGAUUAUUGGAGCAUUUGAAUGUUACAAAAGACCAGUCUGAUUACCUGUGGCAUAAGACAAGAAUAAGCGUAACUGAGGAUGAUAUCUCGUUCUGGAAGAAAAAUGGAGCUAACCCAACACUGUCAGUUGAUAGCAUGAGGGAUGUGUUGCGUGUGUUUGUAAACAAACAACUCUCAGGCAGUAUUGUUGGACACUGGGUGAAGGCAGAGCAGCCUGUACGUUUUGUGCAAGGAAACAAUGAUUUACUUCUCUUGACUCAAACAGUUGGCUUACAGAAUUACGGUGCUUUCUUGGAGAAGGAUGGAGCAGGUUUUAGAGGCAAAGCGAAGCUUACUGGCUUCAAGAAUGGAGACGUGGACCUGUCAAAAUCGUCAUGGACCUAUCAGGUGGGACUGAAGGGAGAGGCUGAGAAAGUAUAUACUGUUGAAUACAAUGAAAAAGCUGAGUGGAGUACCUUGGAUACCGAAGCUUCACCUUCCAUCUUUAUGUGGUACAAGACAUACUUCAACACCCCAGACGGAACAGAUCCUGUUGUUCUAGAUCUAGGAAGUAUGGGAAAGGGACAAGCAUGGGUCAACGGACACCAUAUUGGAAGGUACUGGAGUAUCAUUGCCCAAAAGGAUGGAUGUGACAAAACUUGUGAUUAUCGUGGAGCCUACACUUCAGACAAGUGCACAACAAAUUGUGGAAAGCCUACGCAAACCAGGUACCAUGUACCACGUUCUUGGUUAAAGCCUGACAGUAAUCUACUAGUGCUCUUUGAAGAAACCGGGGGAAACCCAUUUAAAAUCUCGGUUAAGACGGUUACUGCUGGUGUUCUGUGCGGUCAAGUCUCGGAAUCUCAUUAUCCACCUCUGAGGAAAUGGUCCACACCAGGUUUCAUGGACGGAACAAUGUCGAUAAACAGUGUGGCACCAGAGAUGCAUCUGCGUUGUGAAGAAGGGCAUGUAAUAUCAUCCAUAGAAUUUGCUAGCUACGGAACUCCAAGAGGUAGCUGCGAGAAGUUCUCUACCGGGAAAUGCCACGCAUCCAAAUCGUUAUCAGUCGUCUCUGAGGCUUGUAAAGGACGCAACAGCUGCUUCAUUGAAGUGUCGAAUGCUGCAUUUCAGAGUGAUCCAUGUAAAGGAACUUUAAAGACAUUAGCGGUUAUGGCACGAUGCUCGCCUUCUCAGAACACGAGUUGCCUUCGACAGCGUGAAACUGCUUCAGAUUGAUGAACAACUAUUGUUUACAUGACUAAUAUCUUGGAGAAGACCACAGUUUAUCAACUAGUAAGAAGAACAUUCCUCAUCACAAGCUUUUUGCUUUGAUCUUUUAUCUUUCAGAGACUGAACAGUUGAGUUUGGUCUUGUUCAUGUCCAAUCUUGUCCACUUGAAACCAAUAAACAAGAAACCAUCUUGAAUGUGUUUCUGCUUGUACAGUUUAUUGUUAACACUUGAAAAUGUUCGGUAACACAGCUGGGUGUAAUGAUUUAGAUCUAAAUCGUUAUAAAUGCAAAUAUUUAUGUGUGUCCAA